AUGUCCAGAUAUGUAUCGUUUGGGAGACUGUGGUUCAGACGGGGCCCACCAUGGGAAUGGAUGAUGAAACCAACAUGCAGUGGAAUGGCCCAGAGAAGACCACUCUCAACUGGCACAAAAGCAAAUCCAACCUCGAAGCAGCCUAAAGAGCGCUUUCAAGUCUGGCCAUGGCUGGUUGUUACUAUCCUCGGAGGCAGCUUGUUCUUGUCAGUCUACGAGCGUCGUCCUAUCCAGCUCGAAGCGGACACAUCUGUUCAUCAACCAACCUGCCCAACUCCUCCCGAGGAAGCUCAAGACGACAUUCUUAAACUGCCCAAAGAGGACGCCAUUCUGACCACUGCUCCUAGCGUCCCUCCCCCAAUCACCCGCACGCACCCAGUUCUCCUCCGCGUCCCACUGACGACCACCACCAAAAAGCGCCAACUCACAAGUCAAUACAAGUACGAAACGUGGACCUUCAACGACACCGUGCCCGGACCUUUUAUCCGCGCGCGCGUAGGCGACGUGGUCGAGCUAACCAUCACCAACCACGACCGCACCGGCAACCCGCACAACAUCGACUGCCACGCCUUCACCGGCCCCGGCGGCGGAGCAGCCGUCACCACCGCCGAGGAAAACGAGACCAAAACCGCGCGGUUCAAGCUUCUCUACCCGGGCCUAUUCGUGUACCACUGCGCCGCGGCCCCGGUCCCCGUGCACAUCGCCAACGGCAUGUACGGGUUGAUCUACGUCCAGCCCGAAGACGGCCAUCUGCUUCCCCGCGCCGACAGGGAGUACUACGUCAUGCAGAGCGAGUUCUACCACGAACCACCAGAGAUCGAGGAGGAUGGCCGACCCUCGCCCACGGUGGAGUUCUCCUACCCUGCUGCGCUGCGCGAGGAGCCCACCGCCGUGGUGUUCAACGGGAGCGAGUCGGCGCUGACGCGGGAUCGACCGCUCAAGGCGAAGACGGGGGAGUCGGCGCGUAUCUUCUUCGGAAAUGCCGGGCCAAACCUCACGAGUGCAUUUCACGUAAUCGGGAGCCAUUUCCAGCGGGUCUUCCGUGAUGGAGGGGUUGUUGAUCCCCCGGCCAGGUUGUUGUCGACCGUUAGUGUGCCCCCGGGGGGUGCAGCAAUUGUGGAUCUGAAGAUGAUCGUACCGGGGACGUAUACGCUCGUUGACCAUGCGAUUUUUCGCAUGGAUAAGGGGGCAGUUGGGUAUUUGAAUGUUGGCGGAGCUCCUCGCCCAGACAUCCUUUAUAGUGAGCAGCCACCGGAACCGUGUGUGGGGUGUAAGCUGCAUCCAUAG